AGCAGCCACCCAGGAGAAUCCUGUCGAAACCUGAGAGCACUGCCUACAGUUCUAUCCACCUGUUCGCCCGCUUUCGGGCUCUUCCACCUGCCCUGCCCAGCCCUGCCCACCCCUCGAGCGACAAUGAGCGACAAGAAGGCACUGAACCCCCAUCAGCCGGUGCUGUACAUCGACCAUUGUCGCUACCGCGAGAAUUACCGUCGGGAAGCCCUCCUGCUGCAUGCCUCACUGGUGGAGGCAUUGCGUGCCCUCCACCCGCACGUCAAUCUGCAGCUGCGGAUCAACGAGAACGGCCCGCCGGAGGAGGGUGCCUUCGAGGUAGCGAUUGCCGCCACUCCCACCGAAACCAGCUCGGACAGGCAGCAAAUCUGGACGGGUCUGAGGCGGGUUCCGUUCGCUUCCAAAGUGCCACAUGUGGACGACAUAAUCACAUCGGUUUGCCAUGCUCUAAAUUUGGUGGGCGAUGAUGAUUCCACAAAGAAGGAAUUACGCCGGAAGAUAAUGUCGAAUCUGAGACGCAGCCGUAACAUCCACAACGCGGAGAAGGAAUAGCAACACAAGAUCCCAGGGAAACAACAGCAAGAGAGUGGUAGAAAGGAGUGCGAGGGGUGCAGGGCAGUGCUAGGGAGC